ACAAGUAGCCUCGCUUCUUAAGGUAUCCACUCAUUAGUCAUAUUUUCUUAAGGAGGCUUUAGCAUUGGAGAUAUAGUCAUGGCCAAAUCAAUAUUCAGAGUGAAAGUUGUAUCUGCUGAAGCUUUCUCCUCCUUCAAGACUGAGGGCAGUAGUCUGCCUAGUUUAACAUGCCUGAAAAGUUUCAGUGAUUCUGCACAAAAAGUUGAGCUAGCGAUGGAAAAGGGCGUUGAUGAAGAGCAACAGCAAAGGAAGAGUGGAGAUAGACAAGGAGUAGCAUGGAUGCGUGACCCAGUGAGUGGCAAUUUUAUUCCAGAAGAUCAUUUUGGUGAAGUUGACAUUGCUGAACAUAGAGAGGACGUUCUGAAGCGUCAUUCUCUCUCCAAACUCAAACGCCCUGCUUAAAAGAAUGGAACUAGAGCUUCCCACCUAUAUCGUUUCAAAUGAUUCAGGUCAUUAGAUCACAAUAAUUAGUCGUCGUGGUAUCGUGGUAUGAAGGAAAAUACUAUUAAGGUAUUUUAUGAGAAAAUUUGAUUGUGUUAGUAAUUAAAAUGUU